AUGGACGGCGCAGCAAGCGUUGCCAGUGCGGCCUCGCCGUCGCCAGAUCGCAUCUAUGACGGAACACCAACCCCGAGCAGUCUCACGCUCGACGACCCAGACGUGCGGCUUGCGGCCGAGGCUCUGGGUGAUUUACGUGCAGGUGACCCACCCAUUGCGCCGUUCCAACUUCAGCAGACAAAACCAAAGUCACCCAAGCCCGAGCCGCUCUUGUCUCUCCUUACAACCGCUCAUCCCCUCGUCGCGUCGACAAUUGGCGGUGCCAGUUCCGCUUAUGGCGGCGCCAAGAACUUCUCUCCGCGAUUCAAGUCGGGUGCCGAAUAUGUUGAGGGCUACCUGACUCCUCUCGCCAACACGGUCAAUUCCGUGGGUAGAGUCACCGGUGUUGAGGGUGGUGUUCGAUGGUUCCUCGGCGCUGGCCGUCGGCACCCGGCGCCCACAUCAGACCCCGAUUCGAACGGCUCCAACAAGAGACGGAGGACGGGAGAGAGCAGCAGCAGCAGCGAUGCGAAUGGAUCACCCGACAUCAACGGUCUUGACGAUUCGUCAUCGGUCAUGUCCAAGACUCCUCGUCGCCUAUCGACUGCCAGUACGGUGGACACGCUACCGGCCUACGAUGACCAACGUUCGCCCGCAUACACAGAAACCGCGCCCGCAACGCACAAACCGCCCAGUAGCCAGCCGUGGCAGACCCGCCUGAUGAUGUCUACGUCGGGACUGAGCGUUGCGAUGAGCGCCGAGAGCCUACGUAGCCUCAAGUACUGUUUGCGCUGGCUUCGAUGGACAAACGACCAUAUGAACAGGGCUAUUCUAAACUUGAAGCACGCAUUGGAGGAAUAUGAAAAGGCAGAGAAGAAGGAAUGGUCAGAAGGGGGCUCAUCUACCAAUAACGCCAGCGAUGGUGAAGCCAUGGAUGUCGACGGCGCGGAAAAGAGCCAACAGGAGCCGGAACCGUCACGAAGCGAACUUGCCGCGCGAAUCAACAGCCUUAAGGGGGAUAUUCUGAAGACGCUUCAAGACGUCAUCAACAACGUUUCCAAAUACGCCGGCGGCGCCCUUCCCGAGAAUGCACGGGUUCUAGUUCGCCGCCACCUAACCAGCCUCCCCCAGCGCUUUCGCCUUGCAACCAUGUCUGAUAGGCAGUCGGGGGGUGCCAACGGAGACAAUGAUUCAGCGAUGCGUGAGGGAGCGCAAAAGGUGUUGGUGUUGGCCAAGGAGGGCCUCGACAUGGUGACGCAAGUGACGGGCGUUUUGGAUGGGACCAUUGUGAGCGCCGAACAGUGGUGUGAGAGAAUGGGCAAGAGGCGAAAGCCUGACGGGGAAGAGAGAGAAGAGGCGGCUACAUCGGGACAGCCAGUUGAUUUUAGCACCGAUAUGAAGUCGGGCUAAUGCUGAAGCUGGAAGCCCGAGAGAAGUGAAGAG